AUGGCAGCAAAAAAGAACAACAAAAACACCAACAACAACCAGACGAAGAAGGAGGCUUUGAAAGAGGCUGCUUUGACGUCCAACGGGGACGACAUCAUCGUCCCUUCUCCUUUGACGAAAAUAGCGGACUUGCGGCCCGGGUGGAUCGGAGACUGCUGUUUUAGAGUGAUUGAAGAAUCGAAAGAAGAAGAGGGAGAAGAGGAGGAUGAGGACGAAAAGCGACGCAAACAAACGCAACAACACCCGAACGCCUCGUCCUCCUCCAAGCAACAUCAGAAUUCUCGUCGUUUUAGAGAAUUUCUCGUCGGGGACGUCUCCGGGAAGAUUAAGUUUAGAUGUAGCGAGAAGAGAGAAGGUGAGUCAUCAUCUCGUCUUUAUUCAGUCAUCUCGUCAUCAUCUCUCGUCGUCGUCGUCGUCCUCUUGUUUUGGAUUUUGAGACGGGCAGACGGGCAGACAGACACCAACCGAAAGAGAGAGUUGAUCCGCGAUUUUGAAUCCUCCGAAAGAUAUUUUUCUUCUCAACUGACACCUGUUCUCUCUCUCUCUCUCUUUCUCUUUCAAUACCACAUCACAUCACAAAUCAUCCUCAGCCGAAGCUUUAAAACAAAACGAAGCGUACGUUUUAAAAAGCGGGAAAAUAGAAAUGAUCAGAGGCCAGAUGCGACUGAUGACGGAUAG